UCCCCUUUGCUAAAGACCACCGCUCCUUAUUCAAAUCAUUCACAACUUCAAAAUCUUACAACAAUCUCUUUUAAAACCAUGUCCCUUUCUUCAUCCAUUUUCUUACCACAUUUCUUCUUACUUCAACUCCUAGCUAUACUAGCUAGGCCUCCCAACUAUAAACUCCCUCAUGAAAGACCUCUCUUUCUUCUUCCGUAAGAGCUUGAUGGGUUCGAAAAUGGGCCGAGGCUUUCGCAACGGUUGCAACGACGACAACUCCACCUCAACUCUCAACCAAUCAAAACAACCCUCCUCUUCGUCGGCGGCGGCGACAGCCCCAAUAUCAUCCCAAGAACGACGACGACCGUCCUCUUGUUCGACAACCUACAUGGAAAAUGACCAAAAUAACCUCAACGUGCCCGCUAGGAAAAGCGUAACCUUAGAAGAAAUGAUUCUUCAACUCGAAUUAGAGGAGGAAAUGGCAAGGAAGGAGAAAGCAGGGUAUUACAAGUACAAAGAAGAAAUGAACUUCCCACGUAGGAUGUCGUGUGUGAACAACUCCGAUAUCUUACGAUCAGCAAGGAAUGCGUUGAAUCAGUACCCUCGAUUCUCCCUUGAUGGGAGGGAUGCCAUGUAUAGGUCUUCCUUCCGUAAAAGUAACGCCGCCGGGCCACGUGUUAUUGACGGGGUUAAACUAGGGAGGAUAUUGCAUUUGCCGGGGAGUGUAGGUGGGGAAAAUGUUAUAUGGUGUAAGCCAGGGGUUGUGGCUACGUUAAUGGGGUUAGAGGCUAUGCCUUUGCCUGUUAGUAGUCUUUACAAAACUAAGAAUAAUAUUAAUAGAGACAAUAGUAAUAGGGAUAAUAGUAAGAAAGUUUUGUGUAAUGCUAUUAGGAAUCAGAAUUUGAAAAGGAGGGAGAAAAACGAACGACAACAAAUGAGGCAAGUUAGGAAUUCCGACGUCAGUUGUGACGAAAUUAAGAGAUUAGGCCGUGGUAGUGGUCAUAGUCAUGGUCGUGGUCGUGAUCGUGAUCGUGGUGGUAGUCAUGGUUCUUCUUCAAAUGGGUAUUGUGUCAUGAACCCUGUUGCUGUGGAGCCUGUAUGUGGGUUAGGGAGACCGUUAUCAUGGCCAGCUCCUUACACUUACAGUUAGAUUUUAACAUUACUUAUUGUAAUCUUGUAAACUCAUGUUAGAUUUUAAAAUUAAUUUUGGUAAACAAUUUCAUUGGAAAUAAAUAUCAAACGACACGUACUACAUCGUUUCACAAAAAAAUGACAAAUUAACGGGUGAGAACCAGGU